AAUGACGUGUUUAGGUGCAGAGAGUUCAGGUGGGGGAAUCAGGAAGGGGUGUGGUCAACCGAGAGGCUCCGCAGACAGGUACACUCUGCGCGGAUUAAUGCACACAACUGCUGAAAAAGAACGGAGGACUAUUUUUCCCCAUCCCUUAUUGUUAUUGUUGUUGCAAACGCUUUAUUCGGGAUUGAUUACGUUUAGAUUGAAUUUAUUGGUUUAUUGAAGAGUUUGUUCGGUUUUGUGAGAAAAGGUCUUGUUCGACGUCAUCAGCAGAGGUUUCUAAGCCAACAUGGAUCACCUGCUUCAAGGUGUGUGUGGUUGAAGAGAGGCCAGAGCGGCAGAGAGGCAUUUUGAUAAACGACCGGUCAGCCAGGUCAUGCUUAUGGACAAAGACACUCAGUGGCUCUACCAACUGCUGGCAGAGGUCCAGUUGGAGAAGUUCUACACACGUAUCAGAGAUGGCCUCAACAUCACGCGCAUCGACCACUUUAACUACGUCAAAGAUGCCGACUUCGAGUAUAUAGGGAUCAGUAAACCAGCACAAAGAAGGUUAUGGGAGGCUGUAAAACGCUACAAGACCAGUGGGCGCUCGAGGAACAAGGUGUCGAGCAAUCGAAGUGCAGAUGCGGAGCAUUGGGCCGGAGGAGUCCCCAAUAUGGGGGUGGAAGCGGGCACCCGGGCACUUCCCAGCCUAAUUCAAGACAGCGAGCUGGUUCUUGGAGAGAAAUUAGGAUCUGGUUCCUUCGGGGUGGUGAGGAAGGGAGACUGGUACACACCCACCGGGACUGUAUUGCCUGUGGCGGUGAAGUCGCUAAAGAGUGACAUGUCAAGACAGGCGGACACGCUGAAAGACUUCCUCCAAGAAGUCACCGUCAUGCAGUCUUUAGACCACACCAACAUCAUACGCCUCUACGGCGUGGUGCUCACUCAGCCCCUGAAGAUGGUGACAGAGCUGGCCAUUGGUGGCUCCUUGUAUGACAUCCUCCGUUUCCGACAGUAUAAGUACCCUCUGAUGCGCCUCUGGCUCUUCACCGCUCAGAUUGCGGCUGGGAUGGAGUACCUGGAGAGCCGCAGAUACAUUCACAGGGACUUGGCGGCGAGAAACGUGCUGCUGGCAGCCAAGGAGUUGGUGAAGAUCGGUGACUUUGGUUUGAUGCGAGGCCUGAGCCAAGACAAAGACCAUUAUGUCAUGGCCUCCCACAGGAGGAUCCCGUUUGCCUGGUGUGCUCCUGAAAGUUUGCGCACUGGCUCUUUCUCACAUGCCUCGGAUGUGUGGAUGUACGGUGUGACCCUAUGGGAGAUGUUCACCUUCUGCGAGGAACCCUGGUGUGGUCUGUCAGGCCGGGAGAUUCUGUGGCAUGUCGAGCGAGACACUCGACUUGAGAAACCCCCCGACUGUCCUCAGGAACUGUUUGUCAUGAUGAAGAAGUGCUGGGCCUUUAACCCUGCAGACAGACCCAGCUUUGCCCAGCUCACCACGAUGGUGGCAGAGGCAAAGCCAAUGGAAGUUCAUGUUACAAGAGACUUUGUGGAGCCCAGAAAACUUCAACUGGCAGCCAAUGACGCCGUGACGGUCCUGCAACACAGUAAAGAGCUGGUUGAGUGGCUCGGCCAGAACCAAAGGACGCUGAACGUCGGCUUGUUUCCCGCCAUGCUCGCCAUCCCCGAGUCCACGGCCAGCAACCCGCCGCCUAGCCAGGCGGUGACCCCUGCCUUUAUCUCACCCCCAGUGAAGGGCAGCCUGCAACACACCGGACACGGAGACUUCCAGCCGGUAAACAGCUGGGGGUCGCCCGCACGACUGGAAGACGGCGGCUGGAGGCCGGGACCCGCCAGGGAGCGAGAGCCAACCAACCUAAAGAAAAUGGCAGGUAUGUCUCGGAGCUUGGAGUCUGUGCUGAGUGGUCAUCCUGCUCGGGGCCAGACACCUGGAGCAGUCCGAGUGGAUCAACAUGGGAGGCUCCUCCCUCCAGUCAUGGAGUCUAACAGCGUGAUGAUGCCACGGGAUCCCCGCCGCAUGAGCGAGGCCAGCGUCAACCCUCCCCCUCCUCGUCCGCCCCUCCCCAACCUGAAACACUUGCAUAUCAAAGCACAAAAGAAACCCCCGAUGUACCCUGCAUCUGCCACCUCUUGGAUGCCGCAAUUCCCGGCUCAGAAACCAGCUCAAACUCAGCCUUCGCAGGGAGCCGCCACCGGCUCUAAUUUGAUAAAAAUGUCCCAGAUGAACCGCUCCACGUCUCAGCUGAAUGAGGACUCCCGGGAAAGGGAUCGAACCAGAGAGCAGGAGAAACUGCAAUCUCAGAAUCUGGUCACCCAGGUGAUGGAGGCGGUACACGGAGUGACCAUUGAAGAGGUUCAGAGCGCACUCCAGCGGAAUGACGGGAACCCGCUCCGAGCUGAGAAACAACUCAAGUUGGAGCAGCUGUACUCUCUGAGCCUCUGCUCCAAAGAGGACUGCAAUAAGAUCCUCACCCUACACCAGUGGAACCUGCAGCAGGCCAGCCGCUACCUGAUGCGGUGGUCCAGGGAAGACCGAGCCGCUGCCAGUGACAGGGAGCGGCAGCAGAUUAGCGCAGAAAGACGCGUCUGAGCUUUUUUUUUUUUUUUUACCAUGCAUUGUCGGAUUUCAUCACUGGUUCAGCGACGCACCAACACAUGCCGAUGUGAAAAACAGUCUGUUUGUUAUAAGAAAUGAAGGAAUUUUUAAACUAUGAAAGUCUUUUUAGUGACUAAAUGUAAAGUUAGAUGCUGUUUUAUAAAUUCAGGGUGCCUUUUAUUUAGCACUUUUUAUAUAAUAGUGAAUGUAUAUAUUCCAUACUGCUUUUUUGUUGAAUAAACCUCAUGAUCAAACAACAGCUGCA